AUGGAGUCAGGUACAUGUGAGCCGUUCUUUCUUAUUAGUCCACCUGGUACUGAGUCACGGAGCAGUCCCCAGGAUCCUGAGAAAGCACAAUCUACUACCACUGCUUCUGCAGGUGUUUCUUGCACUACAUCUGAUAAAGUUUCUAAUAGCCAAAAGGAGGAAGGGAAAAGCACUUCUGAGGCCACACUCUCCACUGAUGAUUCCUGUGAAGAUCUUCUAACUGGAAAGGUUGGGUUGUUGGAGCAGUUCCUCCUCUACAAGUAUGAAAUGAAGCAGAGUAUUACUAAGGAAGAUAUGCUGAAAGUUGUCAACCAGAAGUACAAAAAUGAGUUUGCUGAAAUCUUCAAGAGAGCCUGUGAGCAUCUUGCAGAUGUCUUUGUAGUUGAUGUGAGGGAAGUUGACUCAACCAAUCACUCAUACAACCUUGUCAGCAAGCUGAAACUCCCCAACAAUGGGAGAAUUCGUGCUGGCAGGGGAUUACCCAAGGCUGGUCUCCUGAUGAAUGUCCUGGGUAUGAUCUUCAUGAAGGGUGACUGCGCCUCUGAGGAAGACAUCUGGAGAUUCCUGAAGACGAUGCAUGUAUAUCCUGGGAAGAAGCAUUUCAUCUAUGGAGAGCCCAAGAAGCUCAUCACCAAAGAUUUGGUGAGGCUAAAAUACCUGGUGUACCGGCAGGUGGUCAACAGUGAUCCUCCACGCCAUGAAUUCCUGUGGGGUCCCCGAGCUCAUGCUGAAACAAGCAAGAUGCAAGUCUUGGAGUUUUUGGCUAAGAUUAAUGAGACCGCUCCUAGUUUCUUCCCAACCCUUUAUGAAGAGGCUUUGAAAGAUGAGAAAGAAAGAUCCCAAACCACGGAUGCAACCAAGCCUGAAACUACUGCCAAAGCUAGUGAAGUUCCCAAGGCCUCAUGUCCAGCAGCUUCUCUCACACCUGUUGAAGUUUGA